AUGCCUGAGUUACGGAAUGAAGAUCCUGCAAGUUUCAUGAAUUUUCUCCGUUUGCCGCCUGUUAUGUUUGAUGCCCUCCUUGCAAGAUUGCUUCCAUAUAUCACCAAGCAAGACAAUAAUUAUCGUAAAACAAUCGAACCAGGUUUGAAACUUGCUAUGACGUUACGCCACCUAGCCACCGGAGAAAGAUAUGCAAGCAUGAAAUUCGACUUUAGAGUACCCCACAACACAAUAUCUCUGUGCGUUCGUGAAGUAUGUCAAGCCAUCAUUAAUGAGUAUAAGGACGAGUGCCUCCAAUGUCCAAUCACUGAAGAAGAAUGGUGUGCAAUCUCUGCAGAGUUUUGUCGCAGAUGGAACAUGCCUCAUACCUGUGGAGCACUUGAUGGGAAGCAUAUUGCUUGUAGACGUCCUCGCAACAGUGGUAAUUUGUAUUACAACUACAAAGGUUUUUUCUCAGUCGUGCUCAUGGGCCUUGUUGAUGAUGCAGACUACAAAUUCCUGUGGAUUGAUGUAGGUGGAUAUGGACACAUGUCCGAUUCUCAGAUUUUUAACGCGUCCGAGCUGAAGGAGUGUUUGGAGGACAACAGCAUAGGAUUUCCUGUAGCAGAGCCACUUCCGAAUGAUGACACGCCAACACCGUACUUCAUUCUUGGUGACGAUGCUUUUGGGCUUCGCACAUACCUCAUGAAGCCAUAUUCACAGCACCAAAUGACAAAAGAGCAAAGAAUUUUUAAUUACCGAGUGUCAAGGAGUCGACGCAUUGUUGAGAAUGCGUUUAUCAUCAUGGCGCAGCGCUGGCAGAUUCUACUGACAAUAAUGCAACAAGAACCCGAGACAAUCGCUACCAUCGUAGAAACAUGUGAAAUUCUUCACAAUCUGAUGCAUAUGCAACACCCUGCACUCCAAAACGCUGACAUGGACGUAGAAAAUGCAGACCACCAAAUAAUCCCUGGUUCAUGGAGGACCACAGCGAAUAUGCAUGCUGUGGAGAAUGUUAUGGGCCCCAAUCGAGAUAGCACAGCAGCAAAGAAACUGCGGGAGUAUCUGAAGUUGUACUUCAACUAUACAGCUGGUUCUGUCCAUGGCAGUAUCGUAUGA